CCUCUCCUCUCCAUCCAUUCAUCCCGCUUCCUUCAUCCUGGUCCUUUCGAAUCUAUCCGAGACUGGAAUCCAAUCCACUCGAUUCUAUCGUGCAGCCUCCCCUGGUCGGUCCCUGUCCAUUUCUGUGGAUCGACUGGAUCGACUGGAUCAUCGGUCAUCGGUGCCCCGAUCGACCGUGCUCCGACUGCUCCACCGUCUGUCAUCCCAAUCUGUCACUCGCAUCUCUAGACUCCCGUCAGGUUUGUUUUUUGAUAGAAUUAUUCAGACAACCGACCGUCGUCCCACCGCUGCACCCAAGACAUAUUGAUCCACCCCCGCAUUUCUCCCUCCAUGGAUUUCAAUCCACGUCUCCAUUUGGGUAAUCAAUCCAACACGGGGGACCGUCCUCUACCCCUCCAUCCCUCGUCCUAUUAUCCCCCACUUCCCCCACCCCAGCUCCCAUCCCAGCCCCUCGAUCCCCACGACCCGGACCCCGACCCCGAUCCCGAUCCCGACCCGGAUCCAGACGGUUAUGCCGACCUCAAGCGCCCUCGCGCCUGCGAGGCCUGUCGACAACUCAAGGUCCGCUGCGAACCUGACCCUAAGUACCCCGACGGUCCCUCGUGCAAGCGCUGCGCCAAGGCUAGCCGCUCCUGCAUCGUGACCGUCCCCACCCGCAAGCGUCAAAAAAAGACCGACACCCGCGUCGCCGAGCUGGAGAGGAAGAUCGACGCCUUGACCGCCAGUCUGCAGUCGUCCCAUUCUCCACAAUCCGAUUCUAUCACCGUCACGGCAACCCCCCGAGACGACUAUGCGCGACACCGCUGGGGUGGUGCCGCCCACCCUCCCGCGGUGAAUGGGGUUCCCCCGACCGAGUCCGCCGCCCCGACGGGAACCAAGCGCCGUUGGAGUGGAGAUCUCAAGGACACCCCGCCCGAGAGCGGGUCCUGGACCCCCUCCUACACCCCGGACACCGAUUCCGCCGUCGAUACGGGUUCCCGACAUUGGCGCGCUAACACCGCCGCCGGUCCGCGGCUCGACUCCUCCCCCAAGGUCAUUGACAUCAUCGAGCGGGAGAUUGUCUCGCUGGGGAUCGCCGCCCAGGCCUUCACGCGCUUCGUCGAGGACAUGUCCUGUCACAUCCCCAUGGUCGUAUUCCCCGCUGGGACGCAGAUGCACGAGGUCCGGCGCACCAAGCCCGCGCUCUUCCACGCCAUCGUCGCCGUCGCUAUCGGUACCAUCCAGCCCAACAUCCAGCUGGAACUAAUCAAUGACUUCUACCGGAUGAUCGCCGAGCGCGUCGUCGUCCGGGGCGAGAAGUCCUUCGACCUGACCCAGGCCCUGCUCGUCAUCGGCCACUGGUACACGCCCCCCGACAAGUUCGAGGAGCUCAAGUUCUACCAGCUCGCCCACAUGGCCGUCACCAUGGCCAUCGAUUUGGGAAUGUACCGGACGACCACCCACCGCCACAAGCCCUUCAAUGUGAUGAAGGACGCCCUGGGACAGAAGGGGUCGCGCAACAUGGACACCCCCGAGGUUCGUCGGACGUGGUUGGGGUGUUAUUUCCAGGCGGUUCAGGUAUCGAUCUCGCUGCGGCGUCCUAUGUUGGUCCGAUGGAAUCCAUAUAUGGACGAGUGCAUCGAGAUCCUCGAACGGUCGCCGGACGCCCUCCCGUCCGACGCAAUCCUUAUCUACUGGGUCCGCUUGGCCCACCUCACCGAGGAGAUCAGCGUUCAAUUCGCUACGGACGAUAUCGCCUCGUCCGCCUCCUUCGCCGACCCCAAGUUCCAGUACACCGUCAAGGUGUUUGACAACCAGCUGGAGCGGUGGAAACGGGACAUUCCUCCCGAACAUCGGUCGCCGGUUCUGACCCAGUCGGCCAGCAUCGUUAGCCUGUACAUCUACGAAAGUGCCAUGCAUUUCGACACUCCCGAAGGUGCUCCCGACUCGAGCGACAACCCACCCCCGCCCCCAGGCGCCACCCACAUGCACGCGUUGACCACCUGUCUGGCCGCGAUCCAAGGGGCUUUGGACGCUACCUGCGCCGUCGACCUCGACACCCUCCCCAACCUUCCGACGGUGGUGCUUGCGCGCACCUCCUUCGCCAUGGUCCUCUUACUCAGACUCCACGCCGUCGCCGUUGCCCCCGAGACCGGCGUCGGCCAGGUGGUAGAGCCUUCCAGCGUCCAAGUGGAAUCCUAUCUGGACCGCGUAAUCCAGCACUACAGAGCAGCCGGCGACAGACCCGGCGGCCGGACCCCUGCCAAGUUCGCCAUGAUCCUGGAAAUGCUGCGCGGAUGGUUCUGGCAGCGCCGGGACAAGGCGUCCCAGUUGAGAGAGGCCUUCAACGGGUUCCGGGGGAAGGUGGGCGCGACCUGUCCUCAGGACAUGGGGGGUGACGUCGAGCCAGCCCCCCGUCGUUCACCCCCGCCAGGCCCGACGGGCGGUCCGACGCCGUUGCACCUCCUCAGCGAGGUAGCCAUGGGCGAUCCCACCACCCAUUCAACCAGUCCCCUCCACGGCCCUCCCUACCCCCCGGGACCGGGAACCACAGCCGUUCCGCACCCCGCCGGCGACAACACCGCCCCAGGCCCCAACCACUGGGCAGGCUAUCCCGCCCCCGCGCGCCCGUAUGGCGAUCAAUCCGCCUUCGCCGCCCCCUACUCCGCACACAUGACGACCACGACAGCGCCAAACGCCCCUCCUGUCUAUCCCGGCGGAGACCCGCAUUGCAGCAUGCCGGGGGCACCCCAGGGGUUCUUCGUCCCGGAGCCGGGGAUGUCGAUCGGCAUGGAGCCAGAGCAUCUCUUUGCGCUGGAAAACAUGCUAGGAGUCGAAUUGUUGAAUAUGCCUUUACCGGACGGGAGCAUGGGGUUCUAUUGAUGUGUUGUAUGUGGCAGUGUGUGUUUGAGAUACCAGGAGUUAACUUCAUUAUGCAUCUGGGAUUACGUAGCGUCUAGUACAAAACCACAACAAACAUAAAAUGGGUAAACAAACAACCAUGAACGAAGAUAUGAGUGUACAUGACUCAGGAAGUGGG